GUCUGCCAGCCAAGUGCUGCUCCCUGGUGCUCAGAGGCUGCUCCAUCUCCAACUCCUCUCUCUCUCUCUCUCUCGCUCUCAUUCAUUUCGCCGGCUAACAUGAGAGAUCAUGGCCGCCUUCGGGCUCCUGAGCUAUGAGCAGAGACCUCUCAAACGGUCCCGUUUGGGGCCGCCCGACGUCUAUCCUCAAGACCCCAAGCAGAAGGAGGAUGAACUAACUGCUGUAAAUGUAAAACAAGGUUUCAGUAAUCAGCCAGCUUUCUCAGGAGAUGAACACGGGUCUGCUAGAAAUAUUGUUAUUAACCCAUCAAAGAUUGGUGCUUAUUUUAGCAGCAUAUUAGCAGAGAAGUUAAAACUUAAUACAUUCCAGGAUACAGGAAAGAAGAAAUUGCAAAUAAAUGCUAAAGACAAUUACUGGCUAGUUACUGCUCGGUCCCAGAGUGCAAUUCAUACUUGGUUUGCAGAUUUGGCAGGAAAUAAACCUCUGACUUUCCUAGCAAAAAAGGUCCCAAUUCUCAGCAAAAAGGAAGACGUUUUUGCUUAUUUAGCAAGAUACUCUGUGCCACUUUUGCGAGCAGCAUGGUUAAUAAAAAUGACGUGUGCCUACUACUCAGCCAUCUCUGAAGCUAAAAUCAAGAAACGCCAGGCAGCUGAUCCAAAUCUUGAAUGGACUCAAAUCUCUACCAGGUACCUAAGAGAACAGUUGGUAAAGAUUGCAGAAUUUUAUCACAUGUCUACAAGCCAAGGCAAAAACUCUCUAGUGCCUCGUGAAGUGGAACAAGCUCUGAAGCAGUGGGAAUAUAAUGAAAAGUUGGCGUUUUAUAUGUUCCAGGAAGGAAUGCUUGAAAGACAUGAAUAUUUAACGUGGAUCCUGGAUGUCUUGGAAAAAAUAAGACCAGCUGAUGACGAACUUUUGAAACUCCUCCUACCACUAAUGCUGCAGUAUUCUGAAGAAUUUGUUCAGUCAGCCUACCUGUCACGUCGCCUUGCUUACUUCUGUGCCAGACGUGUCUCUUCGUUGAUAAGUGACAAUACUAACCUCAUAGCUGCCCACUCGCCUCAUAUUAUUAUUGGACCAAAUAAUCCUCCUCUGGCAGCUCCCAGCUCUUCGACAACUGGUACUGUAGUCAAUCCUGCCCAGCUUGCCUGUUCGGAUUUUCUUGCCUGCCCCCAACACCGCCCUCUUGUCUACGGCUUAAGCUGUAUGCUGCAGACUAUAACUCUCUGUUGCCCAAGUGCCUUGGUCUGGAAUUAUUCUACAAAUGAAAGUAAAAACAUAAAUCCUGGCUCACCUUUGGAUUUACUUCAAGUUUCUCCAUCCAGCUUACCAAUGCCAGGAGGAAAUUCUGUAUUCAAUCAGCAGGUUCGUGCAAGUAUUUUUGAAGUAGAACAGCAGAUAAAACAAAGGGGCCGUGCUGUUGAAGUACGGUGGUCAUUUGACAAGUGCCAAGAAUCAACUGCAGGGGUUACUAUCAGCCGUGUUUUGCACACAUUGGAGGUUUUGGAUAGACACUGUUUUGAUCGUUCAGAUUCUAGCAACUCAAUGGAAAGCCUUUAUAACAAGAUUUUCUGGGGAAGCCAUAAUAAGGAUAACCAGGAGGUUGCACCUAAUGAUGAAGCUGUUGUAACAUUGCUUUGUGAAUGGGCUGUGAGUAGUAAAAGAUCUGGUAAGCACCGGGCAAUGGCUGUAGCUAAACUAUUGGAGAAGAGGCAAACUGAAAUUGAGGCAGAAAGAUGUGGUGAAGUUGAAAUCAUGGAUGAAAAGGAGUCCAUUUCUUCAGCAUCAUUUGCUGGAUCUAGCCUCCCUGUUUUCCAGAAUGUUCUCCUUAGAUUUUUAGAUACUCAAGCCCCCUCAUUACCUGAUCCAAACAGUGGAUAUGAAAAAACAGAAUUUGUGAACCUGGUGCUGCUUUUUGGUGAAUUUAUAAGGCAUGAUGUUUUCUCACAUGAUGCUUACAUGUGCACUUUAAUAUCACGUGGAGACUUAUCUGUCACUGCAGCUCCUAGAGCACGUUCACCAACUGGGGAAAACAUGGACGAGCACUAUUCUAAGGAACAUGAUAUAAAACUUGAGGAACAUAGUCUUAUGGAACACAUGUAUAUUGACUCAGGAACCACUAAUAUUUUUGAUGAUGUAGACAAGAAUGACUUUAAGACAGACUUUGGUUCGGAAUUUCCAAUCUUUUCUCCAAUGCCUGGGGAGUCUUGUGAAAAUCUGAAUUCAAUACCAGUACAAAACAGAAGAGCUUCAGUAAAUAAUGAAAAGUCUACAAAGAAAGAAAAAGGAAGGGAGCUGAUUUUUCCAUCAAAUUAUCACCUCCUUCGACAUUUGCAGUAUGCUACACAUUUUCCUAUUCCUUUGGAUGAAUCAUCAAGUCAUGAAUAUAACCAGCGCAUGAUACUUCUUUAUGGAGUUGGAAAAGAACGUGAAGAGGCUAGGCAUCAAUUGAAGAAGAUUACUCGAGAUAUUCUGAAAAUCCUAAAUAAGAAAAGCACUUCUGAAAUGAGUGGUGGCGAUGAAGGGCAAAAAGUCAGGAAGAACAGGCAAGAGGCAUUUCCAACUUUAGAGACUGUAUUUACAAAGCUUCAGCAGCUUUCAUACUUUGACCAGCAUCAAGUGACAAGUCAGAUCUCCAACAAUGUUCUGGAGCAGAUUACUAGUUUUGCAUCAGGAACAUCGUAUCAUCUUCCACUAGCUCAUCACAUAGAAUUUAUCUUUGAUCUAAUGGAACCUGCUUUAAAUAUUAAUGGACUUAUUGACUUUGCUGUUCAGCUGCUGAAUGAGCUGAGUGUGGUGGAAGCUGAACUACUACUGAAGUCAUCCAGCCUGGCAGGAAAUUACACAACUGGACUGUGUGUUUGCAUUGUAGCUGUGCUAAGGCAUUAUCAUGCUUGCCUCAUUUUGAAUCCAGAUCAAACUGCUCAGGUUUUUGAAGGAUUGUGUGGUGUGGUAAAACACAUAGUCAAUCCAUCAGAAUGCUCUUCCCCUGAAAGGUGUAUUUUAGCCUACCUGUAUGAUCUCUAUGGGUCCUGUAGCCAUCUUAGAAGCAAAUUUGGAGAUCUUUUCAGUAGUGCCUGUUCAAAGGUAAAGCAGACCAUAUAUAGCAAUGUUCAACCUUCAAAUUCUAAUUUGUUAUGGGAUCCUGAAUUCAUGUUGGAUUUUAUUGAGAAUCCCUCCAUUCGCAGCCUUAAAUAUUCAAUGUUGGGCAAGAUUCUGAAUGACAAUGCACCAAGUCGCUAUAGCUUUGUGUGUAAUGCACUAAUGAAUGUCUGCAUGGGCCAUCAAGAUGCAGACAGAAUUAAUGAUAUUGCCAACUUGUGUGCAGAAUUAACUGCUUGCUGUACAGUCCUAAGUUCAGAGUGGUUAGGAGUCUUGAAAGCCCUUUGCUGUUCUUCAAACCAUGUCUGGGGAUUUAAUGAUCUUCUCUGCAGCGUGGAUGUGAGUGAUCUUUCAUUCCAUGAUUCGUUGGCUACCUUUGUUGCAAUACUGAUAGCUCGUCAAUGUUUUUUCCUUGAGGAUGUUGUUCAACAUGUAGCUCUUCCUUCUUUACUUACAGCAGCUUGUGGAGAUCCAGAUGCUGAGCCAGGGGCAAGGGUGACUUGCCGGCUUCUUUUACAUCUCUUCCAAACACCCAAGAUUUCCCUACUGUCAAAUGAAAAAUGUUUUCCAGGAAUUCGGUCGUCUUGUGAUCGCCGCCUUUUAAGUGCUGCUCACAACAGCAUAGAAGUGGGAGCAGUAUUUGCUGUUUUGAAAGCAAUUCUUAUGCUUGGUGAUGCUGAAAUUGGAAGCAACAAUAUUCCCUCCUUGAAAAAUUCAGAUUACUCAGUACAAAGAUUAUUGGGAGAUCUAAAUGAUGAUGAGAUAUGGGAAGCUACCUCAAAGUCUUUGUAUGGAAAAACCAUUUCCAUAGAAACUGCUACUCUCAGUGAAUAUGCUAGAUAUGUACUAAGAAGCAUUUGUCAGCAGGAAUGGGUGGGGGAACACUGCUUGAAAGAACCUGAGAGGCUGUGUACCGACAAAGAUCUUAUCCUGGAUCCAGUUCUCUCCAACAAACAAGCACAGAAAUUGUUGCAGCUUAUCUGUUACCCUUACAGUAUUAAAGAAUGCACAGAAGGGGACAAUCCUCAGAGACAACACAUCAAGCGCAUUCUUCAGAAUAUAGACCAGUGGACACUUCGACAGUCAUGGCUGGAACUUCAGCUAAUGAUCAAACAGUGUCUGAAGGAACCUGGUUCUGGGUCUGUGGCUGAAAUGAACAGCUUGUUGGAUAAUAUUGCAAAGGCGACAAUAGAAGUGUUUCAGCAAUCCGCUGAUCUAAACAAUAACUCUUCUAACUCUGGUAUAGGCCUCUUCAAUCCAAAAUCUCUUGGAAAUGCUGACACACAUAUUACAAGGCAGAACUGUAAAAAGACAUUCCUAAGCUCUUCUGAAAGACAAGGUGUCUGGUUAGUGGCUCCCCUGAUUGCAAAGCUGCCGACUUCUGUUCAAGGCCGAGUCUUGAAAGCAGCUGGAGAAGAACUAGAGAAAGGCCAGCACUUGGGAUCAUGUUCAAAGAAGGAGAGAGACAGGCAAAAACAGAAGAGUAUGUCUCUUCUGAGUCAGCAACCAUUCCUAUCUUUGGUACUCACUUGUCUGAAGGGACAGGAUGAACAGCGUGAAGGGCUUCUUACAUCUCUGCAAAAUCAAAUUAAUCAGAUAUUAAGCAACUGGAGGGAAGAACGAUACCAAGAUGAUGUUAAAGCAAGACAAAUGAUGCAUGAGGCAUUACAACUCCGUCUUAAUUUGGUUGGUGGAAUGUUUGAUACGGUGCAAAGAAGUACUCAGUGGACCACAGACUGGGCACUUCUUCUCCUUCAGAUAAUAACAUCAGGGACUGUUGACAUGCAAACCAAUAAUGAAUUAUUUACAACCGUGCUUGACAUGUUGAGCGUUUUGAUCAAUGGAACUUUAGCUUCUGACCUCUCAAUUGCAUCUCAAGUGGGAUCUGAAGAGAACAAGAGAGCAUACAUGAAUUUGGUGAAAAAACUCAAAAAAGAAUUGGGUGAUAAAAGUUCCGAAAGUAUUGACAAAGUUCGUCAGCUCUUGCCAUUGCCCAAGCAGAUGUGUGACCUUAUUGCCUGUGAGCCUAUGGGAUCACUGAUUGAUACGAAGGGAAACAAAAUUGCUGGAUUUGACUCCAUAGAUAAGAAACAGGGGCUCCAAGUCUCAAUGAAACAGAAAGUAUCUCCAUGGGAUUUACUGGAAGGCAAUAAGAAUCCAGCUCCGUUGUCUUGGGCUUGGUUUGGAACUGUUCGCAUUGAUAGGAAAGUCAUAAAAUAUGAGGAGCAGCAGCACCUUCUGCUUUACCACACACACCCUAAACCUAAGCCACGAAGUUACUACCUCGAACCUUUACCUCUUCCUCCUGAGGAGGAGGAAGAGGAAGAAGAGCCUACCACUCCUGCAUCUCAGGAACCAGAAAGAAAGCCAGAGCUUUCAGAUCAGGGAAAACCUUCAGCAGAUGAAGAAAGAAAGGGGAAAGGCAGAAAAAGAAAGACAAAAGCAGCUUCCAAAACUGAUGAAUAUCCUCAGAACAAUGGAUGUAGAAUGGCUCCUAAUUUUUCACCACUUUAUUCCCAAAUGUUACAUCAUCCGCAAUCUGCUUUGUGGGGCUACAACGUUAUAGGACAGCCCCAACAGUCAGGUUACUUUGUCCAGAACCAGCCUCUUCCACCAGGUGGUUCCAGAUUGGAUCCCACAGGUUCCUUUGUGCCAAGCAACACAAAACAAGUGCUCUCUAACAUGCUGCAGAGACGUUCCAGCAAUAUGAUGCAGCCCCCAGCAAUUCACACUAUUUCUUCUCAUCAGCAGCAGCAACAAUUGCUUCAACAACAGCGGAUUCUAAGGCAUCAGAGCCAGGGUCCAACAAUUGAACAGGCUUCCAUUUUUGCUCAACAAGUCCGCCCCUCUUCUUCUCAGCUAACACAGUAUCCAGGAAUACAACAAUCACAGACAAUUCCUCAUGGCUAUACAAUGUAUAGUACUCAGAUGUCAUUGCCAUCUCAACAGACGGGGGGUAUAGUUCUUUCACCUACCUACAAUCCUAGAUCAUUUCAAGCAACUCAUUCUAGUCCAGUUUUAAUGGAAAGGUUAAGACAGAUGCAACAGCAGCCAAGCGGGUACAUUCAUCAGCAAACAGCUGCCUACCUUCAGCCUUUAGCAGGCAAUCAGCGUUCAGUUCACCAGUCUUUGCAGCAGAAUAACUUGAUUGGAGGACCUUUGGAUGCAGUAUCAGCCACACCUUCCCAGGCAAAUCUUUACUCUGUCCAGGUGUCUCAAGAACAGAUGAGACAGAGGCAACAGCAAAUUCGGCAACAAAGAUUCCUUCAGCUUCAGCAGCAGCAGAAUCAACAACAAAUCAUUAGCCUUCAAGGAAUGCAGCCUCAACAACAAUCUUUCUUCCCAAGACAAGGUUUGCAGCAGACACAGCAGCAACAACAGACAGCUGCUCUGGUCAGACAACUCCAGAAACAGCUGUCAAGUAACCAGCCCCAGCAAGGUGUGAAUCCCUACAGUCAUCUUCCACACUUCUGAAUCUGAAAGAUGUCAGGAAGAGAAAGUAUUUGCACUGAAGAACAGGGACAGCAGAAUUUGUUGCACUAAUUACUCCUCCCAUUUGUGUGCGUGUGUGUGUUGCCAAUAAUGUGAAUUUGUAGGAAAUAAAUGAUUUUAUGUUGUUGUUUUUCUGUAGCAAAUUACAGAAAUAUAAAUUAUGUGGGACUUAACCUGUGGCUGCAAAUUAUAUGGAUUUGGUGCUUUAAGAGUUUUUUUUUCAAGAGGGUAAAAAGUCCUGAAUAUUAUUUUUUGUGCAAAAACAGUGGUUGUUGUUUUUUUUAAAAAAAUACAAAAUCCUUAAUACUGCGCUGGACCAAAUUCUGACUAAAAAGACACCUUUAUUUAUUUAUUUGUUUGUUUAUUUAUAUAUAUUUAUUAUUUAGUUUUUCCCCAUUUGCUAAUUUUUGGUCAACUGCAUAUUUAUAUAAUAAUGCAAUAAUUUUUUUUUCAUGUCCUGUGCUAAGCACAUUGGGCUACAAAUUCGCAAUUCUUGAUCUGCAGCCAUAAUUUAACCCUAAUAAAAUUGCUAAAUUUAUUUUUCAGUGACGACAUGCAAAGAAUCAAAAUGUGAUUUCAAAGCCCAUUAUCACUGUACAUCUGACUUUGAGAGAAAAAAACAUGUUAGCUGGUGUUGGAGAUGUCACAACUGAUUUCAGGCUAUAGCCUAGUACAGGGUGACUUCCUAUCCAUACUGUUUCACUGCUAACAUUUGUGUGAUGUAAAUUAUGCCCUUUCUUCAAAGAAUUACAGCUUGCACCUUUAGAUAGAUAAAAAACAUUGUGUCCUCUAGUUCAGGUUGCUUCCUCUGUUUUCAGAAACAUUAUCAGAGACAUACUCCUAGGGUUUUCACUAGAUAUUUCACUAGAUAUUAAGAUGGCCUUUUGCUAUUUCAUAGUCUAUGAAUGAUCGAAAAUAAUUUCAAGAAUUAUUUCAAUUUUUCAAUAGGUAAUACAAAUGAUGCUGACUAAUGAGAUCUGUUAGGAUUAAUGCUUUCUCUAGUAAUCCAGCAUUCAAGAUGCCAGAGAAUGUAUAUGUGCGUUUGUGUAGGAAGCUUGCAUGCAUGCAUAUGUGCACAUGUGGACAUAUGCAUGUAUGUGUGUGUAUGUGUGAAGGUAUAUCUCUAUAUGCAUGUUUCCAUAGAUGAGAAAUAUUCUAUAAAUAAGAGCCCUGGCCUAUACCUUAACAUGUCAUAGGCUGCUGGUAUAAGAGAAAGAGUAGGGAUACAGAAUGACAGAGUUGCAAGGGACCUUGAACGUCUUCUAAUCCAACCUUCAAGCCCUGCUCAAGCAGGAAACCUUAUACCAUGUCAAACAAAUGGUUGUUCAAUGUUUUUUAAAAACCUCCAGGGUUGGAGCAACCACAACUUCUGGAGACAUACUGUUUCCACUGAUUUAUUAAGUGCAGAUCCAGUGGAAAACCAAUAACUGAUGAUAUUUAUUGCAGGAGGGGCUUUCAUUAUAAAAUGUCUCAAAUGGGAGAGUUUUAAAAAAGCUGCUAUAUCAGGGGUGUCAAAUUGGCAGCCCACAGGCCAAAUGCAUCACAUACAGGCCAUGGCCACCCCAGCUCUGCAAAGGGGGAAAACAUCUCGAUAUGUCACAUGACAGCAAUGUGAUGCCGCGAGUUUGACACCCAUGUGCUAUAUAAUGGCAACUAAUAUAUUAAGGAGGCAUGCCUACAGUGUUAACUUUGUGAGGAGAUGCGUUUUGUAAUGAAUCAUCAAGUAGAAACGGAUGUUAUACUGUAGAAUUCAGGUUUGGUUAUCUCAGUGGUAGAAUCUAAUAUUUAUCACCUUAUCAAAUUGUUUGUAAGAACUCGGCUUUAGUUUCCAAGCCCUAGGAUAAUGGCUUUUCAUUUUGUAUGAUAGGUAUUCAGAAGUUAAAAAUGUUGUUUUUAUUUAUGUAAAUACAUCUGUAUUUAUAAAUUUGCUGCACAAGCACAACUAUAUUAUUCAACAAAUUUAUAUCUGAAAUAGAAACUAUUUUAACUUUGUGGAAGUGAUAUUUGCUCAUAUUUGGGUAAAGACUAAAUAGAAGAAACUGUUUUGUGAAUUUUGAGUAUUUUUAGAGUUAGAUAAACAAAUUUUUGAAUGUGUUUCAUGUAGGGCAUAUUUAAAAUAUUUGAGACUAUUUUACCACGUAUUCUGUCAUAACUAUAAAUUUCCUUGUGAUAGAAUUACAGUAAGGAUUACUAUGGAUGAAAUAAUAUCUAUUAAGCAAAUCAAUCCAUUGAUGUAGAAUAAAAUUUGAACUUGCAACACCAAGCCAAUGCAUUUCUAUCUUCUCAUAAUGAUAUGAGAAUAUUUAGGGUAAUACUUCUGUGAACUACUAUGUACACUGUGAAAACAUUUAGGUUGCACAUUGUGAAAAAACUUUGAAAUUUCUUGUAAUUUGAAUGUAUAACAUUAUUUACCUUUGAAAUGAAACCAUGCCUAUUUUCCUUAUUAUAUACUUUGUUUUCUUAAAAAUAAUU